AAAUGUUUUGUAGCGUGCUUCAACUAUCGAAUCAUGACCCUGUCUGUCAUCCACAAUGGGCGUAUGCUCUAAACUGAAUAGUGAGGAGAGGCGCAUGGAAAGUCGCCAUGAUUGUAACUCAUGUGUAUUGGUAGAGUAUAAAGUACACACGCCUCCAACAACAACAAUUUGGAAGAAGAAAAGCGCCGACACCACGCCCCAAUAGCACACACAAUGAUGGCAACGAUGUCGACGGCCAACAACGAAAAGCGUCUGUCAGCAUCAGGCGGUUACUUUCAUUCGAGAUAGCGGGAAUGCCGGGGCAGAACUCUGAAGCGUAUGUAGCAGCCGCGCAGAUCACAUCGACGAAGAGGGAGAGGAAGAGAAAGAGGCACACGCAGACAGCAGCAGUUCUCAGAGUCGUGGCCUUCGAGAGGACAAUCGAGGAGACGGGGCAGCCGUGCAGGAAGCAAGCGCCUGGCGCGCUUCGUCCGGACGACGACGAAUGCUGACUGACAUUGCGCAGGAGGAGAAGUUGCAGUUGCCCGCAGGAAGAGAGUCCUGUCCCUGUCCCGGUGCCUGUGCAAGCUGAGGGCGACAGCAUGUCCAACAGCCUCGUAAUCUGCAACGUUGCAACGUCCGAGGCGCGUCCGAGGCGCGGGGCGCUGUCCGAUUGUUUUCAAAUCAGGGAGCGUUCGCGACAGCUGAGUCAGCGCAAUGUAUCCUAAAUUCAAAGCCCCGUGAUUUGUUCUCCUCCACGGGAACCGCCCGGAAGCGCAUGUGACGGAACCAUAGUCGUUGUCGGAAUCAAGAACUGCAUCGAGCGAUUGAGGAGCGGGACCUCGACUUCGGGCGUUGGAAUUGUGACGACUGUCCUCGCGUUCUGCCGCCGACGAGAGGUGAGAUAAGCGCACGGCUUACGGUGAACAGGGCAAGUUCGUCUGAUGAUGGAGUGCGAGAAUUAGGUGCAGUGGUCGGCGUUCCGAAGAAUCCAACGGGGAUGUCUCGAGAGUAUGUGCUUGAUUAUCUGCUGCCGAAUGUGUGCAUUUCCGCGUCCCAAGAGGAGAUACUCAGCUCUAUUCCGGGCUGGGAAGAAAUCGGCGGGACUAUCGAUGAUUCUCCGAGCCUGCCGAGUCCAAGCCAAAGCUCUCAACAGAGAAUUUUCGAUGUCACAGGUUCCUCUUCGUCGGAUGAUCACGAUCUUUCACAGAAGGCUGUGGAGUGGGCUUCUCCAGUCCAGACUCCCGUAGCUUCCAGUAGGGCCGCGGUCGAAUUAGAGAGCUACCAUGAGCCCUUUGACAGUGAUAGGUCCGCAAGUCCGAAAAGGAGACAAUCGUGGGGUUUUUCUCGUCCAGGUGACCUUACGUCCCCUGAGAGUGAUCAACAGAAUUCCGCUGUCAAGGUAGUAAGCAUUGUGGAUGCUGAAUACGGCGUCGCAGAGGAACCUCCUGAAGACAAGCAAAUGCCUGCCGUUGCCAGCAGUGCUCAAGCAUCCGUGAUCGCUGAGCCUCACGGCCGUCAGACUGAUCUUGAAGGUUCAAUGCGGGAAGUGGAUGAGAAGGUGGAUUCUUGGGGCCAGCUAUUGCCUCCAGCUUCUGCAUCUGAAGAUGAAGCCCCUAGUUGUCCGCCUGCGCAUUCAGAACGCGCUCAAGUCACCCCGAAUACUACGGACUCCUCUCCAGCCAGGAAAAUAGUUGGGAAAUCCUCGGAGCUCCAACUUUCCUCGGCCAAGGCAAUAUGUCUCGACAAUGGACGAGUCUGCGCGGGGACCUCUGCCACGGCGAAUCAAAAUACGGAUGGGCUUCAUCCACAGGCUAAUUCACGGGACUCCGCGCGUGUCUCAUCAGGUAAAACUUCGAACGCAGCUUCUUUUCCGUGUGCUUCAUCUGAUUCAAAAGGCGAGCAAAGAGUCGAGGCUCCCAUGCCCUCCGAGGCGGUUCAAGAAAAGUUGAGGAACCUUAGAAGACUUGCUGCGGAGAACGCUACUGGAAAUGAGUCGCGGAAACGUGCCAGAGGUGAUGAACAUACUCUUCGCGUCCCGGCCACUGUGAUGGAUGUCGUGAAACAAAGGCCAGAUCGUAGACCUGCACAGGAUGUCAGCGCUGCUGACCUUCUCAGUGCUGCAAUUCGGGCCGGUGUAACACUCCCUCCCCCUUUUGGUCGACAUUACUUUCGAAGCCAGUGAAGCUUCCUUUGUUCAUUGUAAUAAUUUGACAUGCAAAGGUGUACUUCCUCUCCAAUUCUUGACACACCGCUGUGUGAAGUAAGAAUUUCCUUGUUUCCAUCGUUGUGAAUUUUCUGGUUGGGACGGCAUUCGAAGAUACUUCAGAUUUCUACCAUUGUGAUAUGGAUUGGUAGGACGUCGCUCCCACAGGAGAUUAGGUCACCUUGUUACCAUGUUGUACGUGCUUACGUGCGUGCAUCUAUGUGUUGUACGUGCUUCUUCGGCUAUUGAAGAUUGUGUAGGCCAGUGGCAAGUAAACGGAAAUGUGGAAGUAGGUAAUCUGCACAUCGGUGCACAUCGGUGGGUACAACUUCAUCACUGAACUCCGACAGAAGCACACUCACCGGAGUGUGUGGAAAUAUUAGCAUUGUAUAGGUCUCGAGUUUGGUGUCGCGAUGAAAUGUGUGGAUUAAUUGUACAUACUUUUUUCAAAGUAUAUGUAAGCCAAGUCCUACGCUUUUCCUGGUACAUCAAAGGGAUGUAUAGGGAGGGCUAGUUAUCCCUCAGUUUGAGGUAAUUAUCCGUCACAUUACAAAACAAAGCUCUGUAUUUGGUCACC